UGUUGGAAGAACAUCCCCCUAUAUUGGUACCAAUUUAAUUCGACUCGUAGGACGGAACAGAAUUGGAUAUAGGUCAGGUCGGUUGGGCUGCUGAUUUUCAUCUUUGGUUGGCGGCCUGUGACGUCGCGGCCCUUGUGGGAGCUAAUACCAACUUGGGUGUCAAUUCUUAGUUUCCGUUACCCGCGCUUCUAGAACCAUUUAUGGCUGGUCUGCAAUUCCCGCGUGAAGCUCCAACAUGAAUUGGCUUGGACAGGUUCUGAUUUCUGAAUGAGUUUUGUGAGACCGGGCUUUCUACCCUUUCCAUCAUGCAAGACCCAGCGGAAAAGUUCUGAAUGAAUACAUUUGCAUUUGCAGCAGGAGUACACUGGCGUUGUCCACAGUUUACCUCGUUUGUCUCCCUGCCACCGUUAAGAAAUGACAAAGUCACCUUGUUACUACGUACCGUACUUGUGUGAGUAUGAUCAUGGAGUCAGUCCUUAUUAGCUGCUAAGAAAUGACAAGUCCAUAAAACUGGGUGCAGAUAGAGCUUGAUGAGCACAAGUAGCCCGUCGUCCGGUCCAAGUCCAACCACUGACGUUCUUCCCAACAAAAGACCUCCCAAAGAUGGGUGGCGCCAUCAUUCGAUGAAACGAGAGACUGACGAAUGAUCCUCCCGCCCUCCCUCUCAUCGUCAUCGUAGCUAUUUAUACCCCGGCCCGCCCUCGAUCUCUCAUUCCAACCAACCAAAUUCAAGCUCAGACUCAGGCACAAGUCACAACAGAAGCAAGAGAGGAAGAAGAAGAAGCUAGCUCGAUCGCUAGCAUGGGUUCCCGGUACGAGGUGGAGGUGACGGUGGGCUCAGCCCGGGAGCUGAAGAACGUUAACUGGCGCGACGGCGGCGACCUCAAGCCCUACGCCGUCCUCUGGCUCGACUCCGACUCCGGCGCCAAGUGCUCCACCCGCGUCGACCUCGACAACGCCGACCGCCCCGUCUGGGACGAGAAGCUCACCCUCCCGCUCUCCUCCUCCGGCCGACUCGACGACGCCGUCCUCCACAUCGACGUCGUCCACGCCGCCCCCGCCGGGUCCACGCCGCUCCUCAUCGGCUCCGCGCGCCUCCCGCUCCGCGACGUCCUUCGCGAGGCCGGGGGCAUCGGCGGCGGCCGCGUGUCCCGCUCCCUCCGCCUCCACCGCCCCUCCGGACGUCCCCAGGGCCGCCUCGACGUCCGCGUCGCCGUCCGUCAGUCCGCCAGAGGAUACUACGAUCCCUCGUCUUACCCGCCGGCUCCCCACGGCGCCGGAUCCCGCGACCCCUACGCCGCCGCUCCCGGCUAUGGCUCCGGCGGGUACGCUGGGCAGCCGCCGACUGGGUACCCUGCCGCAUACGGCGCCGCGCAGCAGCCGGCGGUGGAGGAGAAGGGGAUGGGGAUGGGGGCGGGGCUGGCGGCGGGGGUGCUGGGAGGGCUGGCGCUGGCGGUGGGCGCGAGCUACCUGGAGGACGAGCUCGAGGAGGGCGUCGCUGAGAAGGUGGAGGAGGACAUGGCCAGACGCGCCGGGUACCGGGACGACGACAGCGACAGCGACUAGAAAGGAAUGAUCAAAUCGCAAGUAUGCGGCGCCUGUGCCGUUGUGCGUCAAAGAAAGGCAGCACCUGGAUUUAUUUUCGCUUUUCCCAGCAAGAUUGAAUAAGAGACGUACGCAGUGUGUGCGCAGCAGGCCACCAACUGAAUCGAAUUUUGUACUCUACUAUACUUUACUUCAUCAGAAACAGAAAUAAAGAGAUGGAUUUCAAAGCA